CAAAAGAAAAACAAAAAUGGAGAACAUGACUUCAUUAAGUGUAUCAAAAUGUUUGAACAGUUGUCUAGAUCUUCCUGGUUGUGUUAUGGGUGAAAUGUGCAAACAUUAUAUAGAGAAUGAGUACAUUUUCCCAAAUUUCGUGGAGUGGAUUUACAUUGGCCUUUAUAUAGUACUCUUUUGCAGUGGAUUAGUUGGAAACACAUUGGUCUGUUAUGUUAUUUACACUUGUCACCAUAUGCAAACGUUCGUUAAUAUUUUUAUUUUUAACCUUGCCGUUGCGGACUUUCUGGUCAUCCUCGUGUGUCUUCCGCCGACAAUGAUGUCAGAUGUCACCGAAACUUGGUAUCUUGGAGAAACUAUGUGCAAGAUCGUCCCGUUCUUACAGACAACUUCUGUGACGGUGUCUGUUCUUACACUCUCGGCAAUAUCAGUAGAGCGAUACUUCGCCAUCUGCAAACCGUGGACAGGAAGACUAUCCAAAAGGUUCAUUCUGAGAACCAUCAUUUGUAUCUGGUUGAUUGGAUUUAGUGUUUCCAUACCGGACCUUAUCUACUACUCGGUUACCAACACAUUCCAUGAAAGCGUGACCUUCUAUCUCCGGUACUGCAGUCGCCGGUGGUCAGUUAGAGACAAUAUGAUUUUUAACUUGGUUAUUUUGAUAGUGCUGUAUUCCAUCCCUAUUUGCCUUAUGGCCUACACCUACGCUGUUAUUUCAAAACAACUUUGGCGGAAAGAUCUACCAGGAAUUGUUGAAGCAGAGCACCGUCCAAUGAACAAGAUGACGUCAUCUGGACCAGAAAGUCAACUCCGAUCCCGACAGCGAGCGGCUAAAAUGCUGAUUGCCAUAGUCGUUGUAUUUGCAGUGUGUUAUCUACCAGUUCAUGUUCUAAAUUUAACAAGAUACACAGCAGCGUUUAAAGAAAUCCCAGCCAACUGGAUAUCAAUCAUUGUACUAACUUCACAUAUCCUUUGCUAUGCUAAUAGUGUGGUGAACCCUUUCAUCUACAACUUCAUGAGCGCAAAAUUUCGCAAGGAAUUUCAGUCAGUGUUACGUUUGUCCAAGUGCAACUGCACAAAUAAAAGAAUUCGAGUUCCCUCUGUCAUGACGUCAUCAAAAAAUAAAAAUUCCCUUCCAAGAACGGAGAGAUAUGAAAUGAACACUGUUUCAAAGCAAAGCUGGAGUAAAGCCUCAACAAUAAAGAAAGACCAGGAUCCUCAAGACAAAUACGGGUGAAAUUUAAUACAUAAUCCAGCUUCUCUUGAAGAAUAAUUGGUUCAGAAUUCCAGUGACAAUAAUGAUUGAUGAUUUAACCCGAUUAUUCGGUCAGCUUGUCGAUGGGACAAUUUAUGAAUGGAUUAAAUUCGUGACCUUAAAGGAGGUACAAAAUACAGGGCUGUUAUUAAAUGGACUGGAUAACUAGUAUUUUGAAAAAUUUGUUGUUUUGAUCAAAUUAAAGACUGUGAAGAUUAUUGUGGAAUAUCUUUUCAAAGAACAAUGCUAUGAGGAUGUGCGUAUUAUCAUAUAAACAUUGAGAUCAAGUUACAUGUAAAAUAUUUUUAAUGAUAAUUGUGUUAAGAGUUGCAUUUCAUUUAUUAUAAGCCGACUAGCUAAGCGACAGACAACCGUUGUUUUGUAAUUUUCUUCGGAAAGAUGGGG